AUGGCGAAGCACGUGCGUCUUCAAGUUUUUGCUGGCUGCUAUGAAAGGACCACUUUCGGAUACGAUCUGUUGGAAAAUGAAGCGGAGGAUGGUUCCCCGGACUUUGCCUUCAAAGUGAGGUUCACAAACAAUGCCCAUACUGGAUGCAUCAAGGCGCUUGCAGCAAGCAGCCGUCACCUAGCCUCGGGGAGCACAGAUGAAAUCAUCAAUCUUUAUGAUCUAGAGGAGAAUGUGGAACUAGGAUCUCUUCUACAACACAAUGGCUCUGUGGCAUCGCUCAGUUUUCAUGAAGACGGUCACAUGAUUAGCAGUGGAGAAGAUGGUGUAAUUUGCAUAUGGGGUACUAAGACAUGGGAAUGUAUGAAGAUUCUCAAAGGCCACAAGGAUGCCAUAAAUUCAGUAGCCGUCCAUCCUUCUGGCAAGCUGGCCCUCUCGGUCAGCAAAGACAAGACGUUACGAACAUGGAACUUACUGAAAGGCAGGGCAGCUUACACCACUAAUAUUAAGAAAGUGUCGGACAUUGUGCUAUGGUCCCCCGAUGGCCAGUUAUAUGCGGUCAUCACCAACGAUCUUGUUGAGAUUUAUGACAUCACUACUGCUUCCGUUUGCUGCUCGUGCAAAAGCAAUGUCAAGAUAUUAUCAGCAUGUUUUCUUACAGAUAGAGUUCUUGUCACUGCAGGUGAAGGGGAAAUGAUAUCACUUCUCAAAGUGAAUGAAAAGAAAACCAAGUUGUCUCAGCUUACAGAAUUCAAAGCUCACGAAAAGAGAAUAAAGUCUUUGAGAUGUGUGAAUGCUAAAGGUAGCCAAUCUAGCCAGACUGAGAAGUGGCUUCUGUCAGCAUCCAGUGAUGGUUUUCUCAAAAUAUGGUGUAUAGAUACUGAAAAGAUCACAGGUUGUCCAGUCUUACUCUCGGAGGUGAAUUCCAAAGCUCGACUGACAUGCUUAGCAAUAAGGAAUGCGCCCUCUGCAGUUGAUGGAGAGAAAGAGACAACGCAGCAAGCAACAAAACGCUCCACGGAAAGCAAUUCUGAUGACCCUGUGGUCAAGAAGAAAAAGAAGAGUAAACCUUGAUAAACCAUGCUUGUCUGGAUCCCCUUGUGUAAAAAUAUCUCUUAUUUACAAUAACAGAUAACCUUUUGGAGCUAAAGUCACUAAUAUUGUGUCCAACAUGCACAUUUGCAUGGUCAGUUGUAUGCUCAAAAAUGCUGAUUUGUGUCCAGAUAUACUUGAAUGGUCUACUCAAUGAUGAUUGGUCCAACAAUUUUCUGAUUCCAGCAUCUUAAAAGGGAAGUUCACCCUAAAGAAAACUUUUGUAAAAAUAGCAGAAAAAAUAAUAAGUAUUGGUAUUCGAGGAAAAACCAUUAGAGAUUAAGAAAGUUAUUAAAAUUAUGAGGUUUUUUAUUUGUGACAUCGUAAACGAGCAGCUGCCCCAUAUGUAAGAUAGUAUGCAUAAAUCUCAACUUUUCAAUGGUUGGUGAUUACAUACGUUUGUUUUCUUUUUAGGAAAGCGAAUAAAAUAAUUAGUUUAUUUUCAUUUAGUCCAAUGUCAAUUGAUCCAAUUGCCAUCUCCUCUAUUAUCAUUUGAUCAGUUCAUCCAAUUUCCUUAUGGUCUAAUUGCCAUUUUGUCCACUCACCAUUUUGUCUAAUAACCAGUUGGUCCAAUAGCCAUUUAGUCCAUGUAG